AUGUCGGCUCGGGAGGAGAAAGGUUUCGUAGACCUGGACAGUAUUCUGGUGGAGGAGAUCGGCCAGUUCGGGAAGUUCCAGCUACGGACACUGCUGCUCACUGUCAUCGUGGUCAUCUUCGCAGCCUUCCAUGCGGAAUGUUUGAUCCCGGAGUGCGAUGGCGAGCAGCCGGAGUUCAUUACACCGUGGCUCAUACAGUACGACUUAGGAUGCGACGAAUGGCGUCGCUCACUAAUCGGGUUCGUGCGUACGUUUGGCACGCUAACUGCGCUCCCUAUUACCGGGUACAUCUCCGACCGCUGGGGGCGACGCAUUGCGCUCACUAUCAAUGCCUUCAACACCGGCUGGAUUGGAGUCACCAGGUACUGGGCCAACACAUACAUGGGCUUCAUGAUCUCAGAAUUUGUGGAAGCGACUUUCGGUGCCGGGGUCUUCUCAUGUAUUUAUAUUUUGGUUCUGGAGCUCGUAGGUCCGAAAUAUCGAGUCAUCGCUGGAGCAAUUCUAAAUACAUUCUUUGCUCUGGGGCAGGUGAUCAUGGGGCUCAUAGCUUGGGCCGUGCCUGCGUGGAGACCGCUUACUCUGGCGCUAUAUAUACCACAACUGUUCACUAUUGCAUACUUCUGGAUCGUGCCAGAGUCUGUACGUUGGUACAUGAGCAAGAGUAGAUAUGAAGAGUCAGAGGCUCUGCUCAAAGAGGUUGCAAGGGUAAACAAAAAACAAUUGUCGGAGAAGUCGUUGCAGGCGUUGAGGGAUACUGCUGAGUUAGAGAAGCAGCGUGAGGCUGAAAGGAAGGCGCAGAAUGUCCGCGAGCCCUGGCUGGUGGUGAAGGUGUUCCAGCACAAGCGGGUGUUGUUCCGAUGCUUCGUGUCUCCGCUGUGGUGGAUCAGUAUGACGCUCAUCUACUACGGGCUGUCCAUCAACGCAGUGAACAUGUCUGGUAACGUGUACUUCAACUACAUGGCGGUAUCAGCGGCUGAGAUCCCAGGGUUCUGGAUAGCCGUGCUGUUGCUACCCAUCGUCGGGAGGAAGCCGGUGCUCAUAGCGGGCUUCUGGCUGUGUGCUUGGUGUCAAGUGGCGUAUAUUCUGAUGCCUAGUGACAUGUUCGGGCUAUCACUGACAGUGUACCUUAUCGGCAAGAGCAGUAUCUCCGCGGUGGUGACGUCACUGUACAUGUACACGGCCGAGCUGUACCCCACGGAGUGUCGCCACAACUUGUUCGCGUUCUCCUCCAUGGUGGGCAGGAUAGGGUCCAUCACCGCACCGCUCACUCCAGCUAUUGGUGCUGCAACGUUUUAUAACCUGCCGUUCAUCAUGUUCGCGGUGCUGGCGUUCACGUCAGGAUUCCUUGUGCUGCUGACUCCAGAGACCCUCGGCACCAAGCUGCCAGACACGCUGGAGCAGGCCAACAACCUCGGCACUUCUAAACAACAGAACUAUACGAGUAAUUAAUACCCAAGCCUUUUAAUAUUUAAAAAUGUGUACAAGUACAUAGACACUGAAAUACUCACUUCUCACGAAGUGGUUGGUAUCUAUUGCCAUACACUGGCUCCGUGUUAUUACUUAAUACUUUCAUAAUACUUUGACCGAUUCAGGAAUUACACUAGACCAAUGAGCUAGGCUACCCUAUGUAUGUAUAAUGAUUAAGUUAGCAAGUAUUUGCGAGUCUCAUUACAGAAGUCUGUACAAAUAUUGAUAUUCUAACAAACAAUAAACUAUUUGUUAUCACACAAAUUAAAUUAAAUAAAAACC